AUUAGUUUGGGAAAUAGUCCACAAACGCAGUCAAAUUCUCUUGUUAGUACUUAGUAGCUUAUGAUCCCGUUUGUUUGGCUUGGGCACCCGUUUGGAUUUGGAUUAUUCAUCGGUGCGGAAUUUGCCGCACGCAGCCAGUAAUUAAUCGGAAUCGGAAGACACCCCUUGUCGUCGGUAUCUGUUCAUUGCUUUGCUUUCCGUUCCGGCGGUGAAUCAGCUAGCAAUUAAUAGCGGGCGAAUCGAGAAACAGAUGCUGUGCUGCUUCCAGAUAACGUCGGGAAGAGGAAUCUUAUCACCACGUUCCUCUACUUCUUCUUCUUCGAUGGCGGCAAACCCAUUCCUGGUCAGGGCUGAAUCUCGUUCCAUGGCUACUUCCUCUGAUCUCUCCCUGGAUCGUUCUCUCUUCUCCGCCAGCGACUCCUCUUCCUCGCACCGCCGCGAACUCGUGUUCGUCGUUAAUCCCCGAGGUGCUAAUGGAAGGACAGGGAAGCAGUGGAAGAAACUGCUCCCAUAUCUCAGGUCUCGCCUUGACAAAGAUUGUAAAAUAUGUGAAUCUUUGACUUCCGGUCCUUAUCACGCCAUUGAUAUAACCAGGGAGGCCAUAAGAGAAGGUGCGGAUGCUGUUAUUGCAGUUGGCGGGGACGGUACUUUGCACGAGGUGGUCAACGGUUUCUUUUGGGCUGGGAAACCUGUUACCAAUCAUGAAAGAGACGCUUCACGCUCAACAGCCCUUGGCCUCAUUCCCCUGGGUACUGGUUCAGAUUUCGCCAGAACUUUGGGCUGGAACAAUGAUCCUCGGGAAGCAGUUGAUCGCAUUGUCAAAGGUUUCAGAACCCGAGUUGAUGUUGGUGCUAUAGGCAGUGAAAGUGAAGAAUCUCACUACUUCAUUAAUGUUGCUGACAUUCAUUUGAGUGCAAAGGCUGGUUACUAUGCAGCAAGGUACAAGAGAUUUGGAAAUCUGUGCUAUGUUAUUGGUGCUCUGCAAGCCUUCAUGAGUCACAAUAACCAGGACCUCAGAAUCAAGGUCAAUGGAGGGGAGUGGGAAGCAUGCCCUCAAGUGACAGCCUUGUGUAUUGGAAAUGCAAAGUACUUUGGCGGUGGCAUGAAAAUUACUCCAAAUGCAGACCCUUCAAAUGGAGAGUUUGAGGUUGUUAUCCUCCAGGACUUCAAAUGGUAUGACUUCAUUCUGAAGCUACAUAAACUUUACAAUGGGACACAUUUAUCUGUGGCAAAUGUAGUCUCAAGAAGGGCACACUCGAUCGAGAUCGAGGACGUCUCUGGAAGUGGCAAGAUUUUUGUCCAGUCGGAUGGAGAGUACUUGGGGUUUCUCCCUAGGAAGUUUUGCAUUCUACCAUCUGCUAUUCAGAUGAUACGGUGACAUUUCUAUGCCACUUCCAGGCUCCUCUCAUUCCUAUUGAGACGUUGAAAGCCAUAUGAAGAAAAUCUGCGCGAAUAACCACAGAACAAAGAACAGCUUGAUGCCGAAAGCUUAUGAAAUAACAUGACCUAGAGUACGACUCCGACAGAAAGUUGCGAUCCUGUAACAGCUUUUAGUUGGUUUAAGUAAGCAAUUUUGAGUGAAGGCAAUCAGACAUUUCGGUUGUUUACUUUACUGCUGUCAUCUGUUUUGUCGCAUUUGAUUUACGAUUGGAUAUGAUCACAAGCUUCUGCCUUUUCUUUGUUUCUCUUCUAGAGAUUGAAUUUUGCCAAGAUAACUUCUGCAAAUUUUUCUUU